GACUUUACAUUUAAAAAGCUUCUGUAUUGAACAGCAAAGUUCUAGCUGUGACUAAGACUGGGCUCCUACGUGUUCUGAGCGGACGUGGGCGUUGAAGACUGUGGGUCUCAUGUGAGGCCUCGACUGACCCCAGAUUGAUGCUUCUGGGGAGUCCUUCGGCAUGGUGUCCUCUUACCAACCCCAUCAUGUCAGCUCCUGGGCACUCUGGGGCCCCUAGGUGAAGGCUGGUGCUCACAUUGCAGAAUGGCCUGGAAGAGGUUUCAAUGCAAUGUGGGCUGUGGAGGGCUGCAGGUUCCCUGGAGCAGGAGCCAGCUAGAACUGUGCCUGGAGCUGUGUGUGGCCAGGGCAGCUCCCCUGUGGGAUACAUGGGCCCAUGGGGGGGUCCACUUUCCAGGGUGGCUAGGCACCUGGCUCUCAGCCACCCCUCAGCCUCCUAUCCUCACAGCUGAACUGGGCCCGUUUGCAGUGGCAAUCAGCUCUGUCUCUCUCCAACUACUGAUUUUUCGGUUGGGAAUGAUUUACUAAAAGGAGAAAACUGUUGUGUGACACGUUUGGGGACCUUGUGUGAAAGCAGCCAUAGGCUGUUUGUUCAUCUGGAGGGGUUGGCAGCUAGAGGGUGAAGGUUUGUUUGGGCUCUGUACCUGGUACCCAGGCAGGCAGAACGCGCCACCCGGCCUCUUCUCCAAGAGUUAACUGCAGGGAGGGAGCGGUGACGUCAGCCCUGAUCUUUGUGCCUCUCACUUGAGCAACCUGAUGCCACCUUCUCCCCCGGGCUCUGUGUUCAUUGGCUGUUGGCAGGACUUGCCGUGGGAGGGCUUUUUUCUUUUUUCAAUUAAGUAAAAGGGCAGGGCUUAAGCAGCCAAUGACAGCUGAGGCCAGGCUUGUCUUAUGCAAGUUUCCCGGGACCGGCAGCAUUUAGGGAACUUGCUCCCGGUGGUGAGGGCAGCGGAGCACCCAGCAGGCCGCCAACAUGCUCUGUCUGUGCCUGUACGUGCCGGUCAUCGGGGAAGCCCAGACCGAGUUCCAGUACUUUGAGUCGAAGGGGCUCCCUGCCGAGCUGAAGUCCAUUUUCAAGCUCAGUGUCUUCAUCCCCUCCCAGGAAUUCUCCACCUACCGCCAGUGGAAGCAGAAAAUUGUACAAGCUGGAGAUAAGGACCUUGAUGGGCAGCUAGACUUUGAAGAAUUUGUCCAUUAUCUCCAAGAUCAUGAGAAGAAACUGAGGCUGGUGUUUAAGAGUUUGGACAAAAAGAAUGAUGGACGCAUUGACGCGCAGGAGAUCAUGCAGUCCCUGCGGGACUUGGGAGUCAAGAUAUCUGAACAGCAGGCAGAAAAAAUUCUCAAGAGCAUGGAUAAAAACGGCACGAUGACCAUCGACUGGAACGAGUGGAGAGACUACCACCUCCUCCACCCUGUGGAAAACAUCCCCGAGAUCAUCCUCUACUGGAAGCAUUCCACGAUCUUUGAUGUGGGUGAGAAUCUGACGGUCCCCGAUGAGUUCACAGUGGAGGAGAGGCAGACGGGGAUGUGGUGGAGACACCUGGUGGCAGGAGGUGGGGCAGGGGCCGUAUCCAGAACCUGCACGGCCCCCCUGGACAGGCUCAAGGUGCUCAUGCAGGUCCAUGCCUCCCGCAGCAACAACAUGGGCAUCGUUGGUGGCUUCACUCAGAUGAUUCGAGAAGGAGGGGCCAGGUCACUCUGGCGGGGCAAUGGCAUCAACGUCCUCAAAAUUGCCCCCGAAUCAGCCAUCAAAUUCAUGGCCUAUGAGCAGAUCAAGCGCCUUGUUGGUAGUGACCAGGAGACUCUGAGGAUUCACGAGAGGCUUGUGGCAGGGUCCUUGGCAGGGGCCAUUGCCCAGAGCAGCAUCUACCCAAUGGAGGUCCUGAAGACCCGGAUGGCGCUGCGGAAGACAGGCCAGUACUCAGGAAUGCUGGACUGCGCCAGGAGGAUCCUGGCCAGAGAGGGGGUGGCCGCCUUCUACAAAGGCUAUGUCCCCAACAUGCUGGGCAUCAUCCCCUAUGCCGGCAUCGACCUUGCAGUCUACGAGACGCUCAAGAAUGCCUGGCUGCAGCGCUAUGCAGUGAACAGCGCGGACCCCGGCGUGUUUGUGCUCCUGGCCUGUGGCACCAUGUCCAGUACCUGUGGCCAGCUGGCCAGCUACCCCCUCGCCCUAGUCAGGACCCGGAUGCAGGCGCAAGCCUCCAUUGAGGGCGCUCCGGAGGUGACCAUGAGCAGCCUCUUCAAACAGAUCCUGCGGACCGAGGGGGCCUUCGGGCUGUACAGGGGGCUGGCCCCCAACUUCAUGAAGGUCAUCCCAGCUGUGAGCAUCAGCUACGUGGUCUACGAGAACCUGAAGAUCACCCUGGGCGUGCAGUCGCGGUGACGGGGGGAGGGCCGCCCCGCGGUGGACUCGCUGAUCCUGGGCCGCAGCCCGGGGUGUGCAGCCAUCUCAUUCUGUGAAUGUGCCAACACUAAGCUGUCUCGAGCCAAGCUGUGAAAACCCUAGACGCACCCGCAGGGAGGGUGGGGAGAGCUGGCAGGCCCAGGGCUUGUCCUGCUGACCCCAGCAGACCCUCCUGUUGGUUCCAGGGAAGACCACAGGCAUUCCUUAGGGUCCAGGGUCAGCAGGCUCCGGGCUCACAUGUGUAGGGACAGGACAUUUUCUGCAGUGCCUGCCAAUAGCGAGCUUGGAGCCUGGAGGCCGGCUUAGUUCUUCCAUUUCAUCCUUGCAGGCAGCUGUUGGCCACGGCCCCUGCCCUCUGGUCUGCCGUGCAUCUCCCUGUGCCCUCUUGCUGCCUGCCUGUCUGCUGAGGUAAGGUGGGAGGAGGGCUACAGCCCACAUCCCACCCCCUCGUCCAAUCCCAUAAUCCAUGAUGAAAGGUGAGGUCAUGUGGCCUCCCAGGCCUGACUUCCCAACCUACAGCAUCGACGCCAACUUGGCUGUGAAGGAAGAGGAAAGGAUCUGGCCUUGUGGUCACUGGCAUCUGAGCCCUGCUGAUGGCUGGGGCUCUCGGGCAUGCUUGGGAGUGCAGGGGGCUCGGGCUGCCUGGCCUGGCUGCACAGAAGGCAAGUGCUGGGGCUUAUGGUGCUCUGAGCUGGCCCGGACCCUGUCAGGAUGGGCCCCACCUCAGAAUCAAACUCACUGUCCCCACUGUGGCAUGAGGGCAGUGGAGCACCAUGUUUGAGGGCGAAGGGCAGAGUAUUUGUGUGUUCUGGGGAGGGAAGGAAAAGGUGUUGGAGGCCUUAAUUAUGCACUGUUGGGAAAAGGGUUUUGUCCAGAAGGACAAGCCGGACAAAUGAGCGACUUCUGUGCUUCCAGAGGAAGACGAGGGAGCAGGAGCUUGGCUGACUGCUCAGAGUCUGUUCUGACGCCCUGGGGGUUCCUGUCCAACCCCAGCGGGGGCGCAGCGGGACCAGCCUCACAUUCCACUUGUGUCACUGCUUGGAACCUAUUUAUUUUGUAUUUAUUUGAACAGAGUUAUGUCCUAACUAUUUUUAUAGAUUUGUUUAAUUAAUAGCUUGUCAUUUUCAAGUUCAUUUUUUAUUCAUAUUUAUGUUCAUGGUUGAUUGUACCUUCCCAAGCCCGCCCAGUGGGAUGGGAGGAGGAGGAGAAGGGGGGCCUUGGGCCGCUGCAGUCACAUCUGUCCAGAGAAAUUCCUUUUGGGACUGGAGGCAGAAAAGCGGCCAGAAGGCAGCAGCCCUGGCUCCUUUCCUUUGGCAGGUUGGGGAAGGGCUUGCCCCCAGCCUUAGGAUUUCAGGGUUUGACUGGGGGCGUGGAGAGAGAGGGAGGAACCUCAAUAACCUUGAAGGUGGAAUCCAGUUAUUUCCUGCGCUGCGAGGGUUUCUUUAUUUCACUCUUUCUGAAUGUCAAGGCAGUGAGGUUCCUCUCACUGUGAAUUUGUGGUGGGCGGGGGCCGGAGGAGAGGGUGGGGGGCUGGCUCCCUCCCUCCCAGCCUUCUGCUGCCCUUGCUUAACAAUGCCGGCCAACUGGCGACCUCACGGUUGCACUUCCAUUCCACCAGAAUGACCUGAUGAGGAAAUCUUCAAUAGGAUGCAAAGAUCAAUGCAAAAAUUGUUAUAUAUGAACAUAUAGUUAUAACUGGAGUCGUCAAAAAGCAAAUUAAGAAAGAAUUGGACAUUAGAAGUUGUCAUUUAAAGCAGCCUUCUAAUAAAGUUGUUUCAAAGCUGA